UUUUUAAAUCACGGACCCCGAGAGCAUAAAAAAUAAAAGAUGGAGAAUAUGAUGAGGGAAAAGUAAACAAGUUCAAACUUCCUAAAUACUGUGUUGCCUGUGCACAGAGUAUCACGGGGUAGGAUAUAAUUUGCCAAACCUAAAAAGAUUUCUGAGACAAUAGCGGUGGCAAACCGGAAUUGCCAAUCGGAAAUAGAAGAAGCGAGGGUAGGGUUUGUGGGGUUGAGAUAGAAGACGAUAUGGGGGCGAGCAGCGAUCAUCUUCCUGUUCAGGACGGGUCGGACGAACAGCAGAGGCGUGCGGAGAUAUACACAUACGAGGCACCAUGGCACAUCUAUGCAAUGAAUUGGAGCGUGCGGAAGGAUAAGAACUACCGACUCGCCAUUGCCAGCCUGCUGGAACAGUACCCCAAUCGCGUCGAGAUCGUACAGCUGGACGACUCCAACGGAGAGAUCCGCUCCGAUCCUAACCUCUCCUUCGAGCACCCCUACCCUCCCACUAAAGCCAUAUUCAUCCCCGACAAGGAAUGCCAGAAGCCUGACCUCCUGGCCACCUCCAGCGACUACCUACGGAUCUGGCGUGUCGCAGAAGACGGGUCGCGCGUUGAGAGCAAAAGCGUCCUCAAUAACAAUCGCAACAGCGAGUUCUCCGGUCCAUUGACUUCCUUCGACUGGAACGAGGCGGAGCCUAAGCGGAUAGGCACUUCCAGCAUCGACACCACCUGCACCAUAUGGGACAUCGAUAGGGAGACAGUAGACACCCAACUCAUCGCGCACGACAAGGAGGUGUACGACAUCGCAUGGGGAGGGGUCGGCGUGUUCGCAUCUGUCUCCGCUGACGGCUCCGUUAGAGUGUUUGACCUUCGCGACAAGGAGCACUCCACCAUCAUAUACGAGAGCUCCGAGCCGGACACACCCCUAGUCCGCCUGGGUUGGAACAAACAGGACCCCAGGUACAUGGCCACCAUCAUCAUGGACAGCUCCAAGGUCGUGGUACUUGACAUCAGAUUUCCAACGCUGCCGGUGGUGGAGCUGCAGAGACACCAGGCUGGCGUGAAUGCCAUUGCGUGGGCGCCGCACAGCUCAUGCCACAUCUGCACAGCUGGCGAUGACUCCCAAGCACUCAUCUGGGACCUGUCCUCCAUGGGUCAGCCCAUUGCAGAAGGGGGGUUGGAUCCAAUCCUGGCUUAUACCGCUGGUGCUGAGAUUGAACAGCUUCAGUGGUCUUCAUCCCAGCCUGAUUGGGUUGCUAUUGCCUUCUCUAACAAGCUUCAGAUUCUAAGAGUGUGAGUGACAUAUAAACUUCAAUUCAAACUGAUCAUCUGAUGAUGGUGCUGAUCAUCUGUCUUCUUAGCCACAAAUGUAUGUUGGCUUCAAGUCAUUGCAUUUCAUCUUGCUUUGCUUUAAUCUGACUAGAGUGGAGGGAAUGCUUCACUUUAUUUGCAUUGCAUUUUUCUUUGAAUUAAUCAGACUAGAGAAAGGAAUUAUGUACUUUAUCUGCCUGUCUGCCUAGGGGCUUAUUACAGAAUUUGUAUGAGACCUUCAAAUUAAGGGUGUCCCCAACAUGAAUUUUAAAGGAUUUUAAAGGAACGUAGAUUGUAUGGAUUUUAAUGGAAUUCUACAGAUUCCAUGAGAUUCAUAUGGAAUCUAUGGAAUUCUAUGGAAUUCUAUUUCAUCAAAUCAUAUGGAUUUGAAUGGAUUUUGAAUGGAUAUCAAUAGAUUUGAAACAAAAAUUACUCCUGGUUGUUUCCUCCCUAAUUCCUUUGCCCAAAGCCAUCAUCACCAAAAAUUUUACUUACACCACUUCGUGGUUUAGCAUUUUGGGUAAAGAACUCUACUGCUGUGCAACUGGAAAUUCAUCAGCAACCCUAAACUAAAAAAUCUACACAUCUUAUUUAGCAUUUCAUAGUCAUAUAAGCAUAUCGAACAGAAAUCCCACAAUCAUUUGCUGGAAAAACUGCUGAACAAAAACCAAUGACUAGAUGUAAAACUGUAAAAGAAAUGCGUUAAAACAAAACAUAGCACAGAAAAAACAGACGCUGGAUAUUUACGAAAAGUGGAAGCUCGACAUAUAAUAUAAUCUAUUGAAUGCUUAUAUCACAAAGCUAUGGAAACCCAAUUCAAAACAAUAAUACAACAAAAAGACACCCAAAUUAAAUUUCUCAUAUGUUACAAAUGAGCCAUCAUCGAUCAGAACAAAAAGAAGACAAGUCUGAUAAACAAUGAAUUUACCAGGGAAUUGGGAUGAUUAAUCAGCCCGAGUGAUAAAAUUUGAAGGAUGAAGAAGGUGGAAGAUGGAAGAUGGAAGAGAAUACUCAGGGAGCUUCGAUUGAACUGCGGCAGAGCGAGUACGUGUACGCAGGUUUUUUUAAUUGGAUUUGGAAAUCUAAAGGGUGGCGAUGAGAUUGUUGGUGGAUUGGGUUAUUCAAUUUUUUGGCCUAAAAGUCCAUCAAAGUUUAUCAAAGUCCAUUAAAAUAAUCAAUAAGUAAAAUGUGACAUCGCUCCCGAAUGUAAUUGAAUUUAAUAUUUAGUAUGUAUUUGAAUUUUCUAACGAAUAAUUUCGUGUGACAGAUUGGUAUAUUUAAUUAAUGCCUGAUUAAUUAAAUUAUUUAUCGGGUCCAUUAUGUUGAU